GAAAAAAAUUUAAAAUAUUUAUGUUAUUUUUUUAACUAAAAAAAAUUGUAAAUCACAUAAAUAUUAUAAAUUUAUUUAAAAAAAAAAAAUUUUAAAAAGUUGAAUAUUGAAUUGCAAUGUAAUUCCACCACUUUGUUAAACUAUAUUCAUAAAAUUAAUAUAAAAAAACUGUAUUUAAUGUAGAGUGAGUAAUUUUAUUACAUCAAAUAUCACUCAACCGGUUUUCCUUUUGAUAUUUUUUUAUUAUAUAGAUGAUAGAUACUAACGACUUGUUGAUUGCAACAUAUUAUAUGCGUCGUAAAUCGACAGGCGAAUUGGAGUUUGUUCACCGAGGUCAUAAAAAUUGAUAAUAAAUUAAUCGAUUUGACCGAUGCCAACAAAAUAUCAGUUGUUAUUCGAAACUCGAAACGAUAACAAUGUUUGAAUAAUUUAAAAAAAUACAUAUAAACAAUAUAAAUGUUAAAUAAUAAAUUUAAAAAGUUUAAAAAUUUAAUUUAAAUAAAAAUGUUGCUAUUAACAUUAUCAUUGAUUUUUUUAAUAUUUUUAAUCUUAUAUUUUUAUAUGACUAAAAAUUUAAAUUAUUGGAAAAUACGUGGUGUUGAAUAUGAAAAACCAAUAUCAUUUUUUGGCAAUACAUUUGGUUUAUUUAUUUCGACAAUUGGAAUAACUCCAUUAUUUAAAAGAAUUUAUAAUUAUUCAUCUGAUGCACCUUAUGUUGGUUUUUUUAUAUUUAACAAACCAAUGUUACUUCUACGUGAUCCUGAAAUUAUAAAAAAUAUACUUGUUAGAGAUUUUAGUUUUUUUAAAGAUCGAUAUGCUAGUACAGUUGCUCAUGAAAAAAUUGCAAGCUCUGGAUUAUUUAUGUCUAAAAAUCCUCAAUGGAAAUAUGUGAGAGGUAAAUUAACACCACUUUAUACAUCUGUUAGAUUGAGAAAAAUGUUUGAUAGAAUGCUGGAUGUAGCUGUUGAUCUUGAUACUUAUAUGGAUUCCCUAAAUUUGACAGAUAGAGGAAAAGUUAUUGAAUAUAAAGACCUGUGUGCUAAAUUUACAACUGACAUGAUAGCCACAACUGCAUAUGGUUUGAGAGCAAAUUCUCUCAACAAUCCAAACGCUGAAUUUCGAAAAUACGGUCAAGAAUCAUUUGAGGCAAGUUUCAUGCGUAAUAUUGUCAUAUGUUCAAUAUUUUUUUCUCCAAAAUUAACACGAUUUUUCGAUUUGAAAUGGUUCUCACCAAAUGCAACAAAUUUAUUAAGAAGUGCAUUUUGGUCAACGUUAAAUCAACGUGAAGAAUCUAAAAUUAAACAAACUGAUCUUAUUGAUCUUUUAAUUGAAUUAAAAAAUAAUCAACCUGAUCAUGAAAAAUCUCUUUUUGAAUUUAAUGGUGAUAACAUUGUUGCCCAGGCUGCAAUUUUUUUUACAGCAGGUUUUGAAACGAGUUCAAGUUUAUUUGCAUUUACUCUUUAUGAAUUGGCAAUUAACCCUGAUAUUCAAAGUCGAUUACGGAAUGAUAUCAAUAAUGCACUGAAAAAAACAAAUGGUAUCAUUACUUAUGACAUGGUAACAACAUUACCCUAUUUAGAUAUGAUUGUUCAUGAAACAUUGAGAAAAUAUCCACCACUGCCAUUCCUUGACAGAAUUGCUGCCGAUGAUUACAAAGUUCCUGGUACUAAUUUAAUUAUUGAAAAAGGUAUGGGAGUAUUUAUUCCAUUGACUGCUAUUCACAGUGAUCCACAGUAUCAUGAAAAUCCAGAUAAAUUUGAUCCAGAAAGAUUUUCUGAAAAAAAUAAAGAAUCAAUUAAAUAUUCUUAUUAUCCGUUUGGUGAUGGACCACGAAAUUGCAUUGGAAUGAGAUUAGGAUUAAUACAAUCAAAGCUGGGUUUAAUAAAAGUCAUUUCAAAAUAUGAAUUCACACCCUGCAAAGAUACUCUCAUUCCCAUGGAGUUCAGUACCAAAGGAUUAUUCAGCACUCCAAAAACUGGAAUUUAUUUAAAUACUCGAAAAUUAUAAAAAAAAAAAAAAACAUUAAAAUUAAUUAAAAACAAGUAUUUUAAUUACUAUAAUUAUAAUCAGUAAUCACUUGGAACAUUUUUAAUAUGUUAUAUUUGUUUUUUGUUAUGGUAUAUAUGUUUUAUUUUAUGCACUUAUAUACGUUCAUUUACAAAAAAAACUAUUACUCAUAUUGUAGAUUUUUUUUUUCCUUGUAAUACACUUUUUUACGUAGUAUUCUUUUUUCAUUAUCUUAUUUUGACAAUGUAAUAUCAAUCCAAGUGAAUAAAUAAUUGAGAUGAAAGAAAAAAAAAAAAAAUUUCUUUUGCUUUAAUUUUUCAUUCAACAGUUAUAAUUAAACACACCAAUUAACUAUGAAUUAACUAAAAAAGAAAAAUUAUAUUUUUUUGACAUUAAUUACUUUAUGGAUUAUUUUUUAAAAUUAUUUUUCGACUCGCCUGCGAGCGAUUUUAUUAAUUCAAAGUCAUACUUUACGUAAAAUCCAUACGAUUUCUUAAAUAUUAAAGACAUUAGUUUUUUUCCAUAUAGAUAUAUAUAUUUUUUUAAAUAUUAGUUUGUUUGAAUAUAUUGUCACAAACAAUGAUAUUUUAAUGUAAUUUAUUUAUCAUGAUUAAAUUUAAAUUGAUUAAUCAGUAGUGAUAUAUAUUUUCCACAAAUAAAUAAGGCAAAAAAUAUAUUUACAAUCACAAAAACGCCUUUUUUAAAUUAUUCAAACAAUAAAUGACAAGAUUAUUUUCAUUAAUUAUCAUAUUUCCAAUGAAAAAAAAAAACAAUCAAUAUUUUUAAACGUCGAGCUUAAAUGUGCAUUAAUUUUUCUUUAAAAAGUGCAUCAUCGAUAUUUUUUUUUCUUUUUAAUUCUAUAAACAUUAUACGAUAAGUUUUAACAUAAAUGAUUUUUAUUUAUUUUUCAAAUUCAGAUGUCGAUGAAUAGUUUUAUUGUAUUAUUAAUUUUUUUUUUUUUACGAAUUAUAUUAUCUUAAUUGACUAACUCGGCAAUGAUAUUUGAUAAUUAUUUAUAAGGAUAAAAAUUAAAUUUACAAAAUAUAUAAUAGUAAUAAUAAAAUAAUAUUAUAAAUUAAAAAACUAUUUGUGGAUGCUGUAUGAUGACCCACAUUAAUUAAUAAUUAGGCCAAGUUAUCGAAGAGAGACAGGAAGUUAAUUUAAAUAAAUAAAUGACAAACAUCAGGCACAGGUAGUAGUUUUUUUUUUUUUUUUUUUUAAUAUAAUUAUAGAGACUUGUUUCAUUUGAAUUUUUAAUAAUUAUUAUUUUAUUUUGGUUCAAUUAAAAUUCCGGAAUGUAAUUUUAUAUAUGUUUUUUUUUUCAACUGGCAUAAAAAUAUUUGUUCAUUUUUUAUUUUAAAAUAAUUUUUUUGAGAAGUACACUUUUUUAGAGUUAAUAAAAUUGGUCGUAGGAUUGAAAUGUAUUUUUUUUUUUUUUAUAUUUUUU